CUUCUCAAAAUUUUUACAAGGCUUUUGUGGCUGAUGAGGUCCCAUGAUUUGACGAAGAUCUGUGCUGAAACUCGGCCGUCGUGCUAGUGGAUGCAGUGCGCCGCACGCGUCAUCGCUGCGGGGCGCCUGGCUCAUUCUGCCGUGCACGUGGUCCGUGCACAUUGCCUGGUACGAACGUAGAGAGACUUUGCGGUGCUGCGAUGGGCCGGUUUCCGCAGGCAAGCCCCCUUGCUUCGCCAAGGCCUCGAAUACUUUAUCUAGGUUAGUACUUUCCUUGGCAGAGGUUUCAAAGUACGCACAAUCCUCGCCAAGCGUUUGCAUCAAGUCUGUUUGCGGUAUAGCUCUCUCCGACAGCGGUAGAUCCAUCUUGUUGGCGCACACCACGAAUGGAACAGUUGCGCACUGACCCGGCACACAUAUUUGGUUUAGUUUGGCCUUUGCUUCCAGGAUCUCUGUCCGCAAGGCGCACACCUCCUCGAAUGAGCUCCGGUCGUCCAGACUGAAUACUAGCAAGAAAACGUCACCUGCGGAAAUAAGUACAUUAACAUUAACUAUUUAUUUGACAUGUAUAUGUGUCGUUCUCGAAACUACAUUUGAUUUAACAAUUGCAAAUACAAAAUAUUUGCAACCGCAAUUACGCAGAGAUUACGCACCAGUUAGAAUGGAGAGGCGCCGUUUGGCUGGAAAGCUUCUUUCUCCAGACGCAUCCAGGAUGUCAAUUUGAUAUGUCUCUCCGCGGAUACGGAAAAGCUUUCUAUGAAAGUCCUCAGAAGUUGGCUUGUACUCUUCCACAAAUCCAUCCCGGAGGUACCUUCUGAGAAUCGAGGUCUUUCCGACCCGCGGAGCGCCGAGCACCACGAUGCGCUUACAGUUCUGGUGUUUCCUGGACUUAUCUUUGCAGGGCUCCUGUCCAAGCGGACUCAGGCGGGUAGGACCAUUAACCACUAAAGCUGCCAAUUGAUCGAGCGGGGAAUUCUUGCAGGAAUUCCUGCUGGAUGGCGAGGACCCGCCCUGCUUCACGAUUGCCUCAGAUCGCGUCUUACAUUGUUUCCAUUGCAACGUCGCCAGUUUCAGCAUACCCAUCCCUGCUUUUAUUCCACUCGAGCACAAAUGCUGCGACGCGUUCCUGUACGCAAGAACAACUUUUGAAGAGCCUGCUCGAUCGACGGUCGAGCGGCUGGAUUGGGGCGAGAUUGCCAUUUUGGACUGUAAAACAGGGGACAUGCUGUUUAGCUCCAUGGUUUUGUGAUGAAUUCAUCAAAUCCUAAGGCGUCGACAGCUCGCUCAGACCAGCGGGUCGAUCCAAGUGAGACCUGUUCGAGCCUCUCCUCCCAGUGGUUGAUGUGGUCUUUGCGAUGUCUUUAUACGCUGUCGUAGCUCCGUGCCCAUUCACGUCACCACAAUGUUUCCUUCCUUUGGCUCACUGAUUGGCAGUAGCGGUGGUCGUGUUCUCGACAACAACACACACGGUUUUGUUUUGCUGUCUGCACAGGAGCGCGCAACGUUAGGUGUAGCGCCUAAUUAUGUUAAUAACUGGCGUGUCUGUUUAAUUUCUAAUGUGGUUUUGUACUCAUUGACCAAACAAGUAUGUAGGCUUACGGAUUUCAGAGAUUAAGGUCAGAAUUCUGACUUAAAAAUCGGAAUCCUGACUUAAAUCUCAAAAAUCUAAAAAUAAUAAUCACAUACUGCCCUCAUCCUCUUCCUAUGGGCUUUUCGUCACAUGAAUAAAUCGUGCUGUAGGUCAAAGUUAGGAACUAUAAAUUGGCGCUGCCAGAGCACCGCAGACUUGCCCCAAGCGUCCGUUGCUAUGGUCACGACAUAGCGAGCGAGAGGGAGGAAGUGGUAAGCUAGCUCUUAUAUGGUUGUACUCUGACGGUAAUUAUUCUAAAAGUUAUAUUAAAUAUGUCCCAUAAACAUGGUUAGUGACGUUAUCAGGUUAAAUAGGAGGGUUUAGGAUUGGAUUGAGUUGCGUGUGAAGAGUAGACAACGUAUAGUGGUCACUUAUAGGCUAUGGCUCAUGUUGUUGCUACCGAGUCUGGUGAAAUAACUCACCAAAGGGACUUCAGAACCCGAACUGCACCAGGGUGUGUUAAUCGUUCCAAAUUAAUGCAAGUCAAAAGCAUACAACCUAAUCUUCAUUCACCAAAGCCUCCCACUGACUCCCGGAAGCAAGAAGAAAUGACUGGAGCCCUGACGCGGAGGAUACGAACAGGCCAGCAAGGCUGUAAAACAGUUGAAGAGGCUGAGGGCCAGCUCUGCCAAGCGGAGGGCACAAUGUUGCUGCGCCACACAGGGCACAGAGGGCCCCGCUACGACCAUCAAGGCGUGGUUCUGCCCCACAGCAUUCUGGGUAACCUGCAGGACUUCAAGAGUUAUUUGGAGACCAGGGGAGAGACUGAGUCAGUCCGGAGGCUGCGAGAGACCACCACAGAGGCUCUGAGUGGACCCUCCUCCUCUGCCCCGGGGGGGGGGCACGCAUACAGAGGGGCUGAGGACAGAGGCGGCGGGCUCUCUGCCGGCCAGGCACACACCCAGAGCCACGCCCUGCAGCACUGGAGCACACACAUGAGGCAGCGGCGGCGGCAGCAGGAGUCUCUAGCCAAGUCGCUCCACAGGCCGAAGGACUGGUUGCUGAUGAACCGAGCCAACAGCUUCCGGAGGGUUCAGGAGCAGAGAGAGCUUCUGAGCCUCGUCCUGCCAGCCAUACAGCCAGGACAUGGCUACCGUGUGGGCAGUGAGUUCUGGUCCCAGCCCGAGUGCUUGGGGGACGAGGUGGGCGGGAUCGUGGCCACCCUGACUCGUAGCCAGCGGGGCCAGCGGGAGUCCUUGGUCCGCGUAGGACAACCACGCAGCGUCCAGCAUGAGUCAGGGAAUGUCGUGUCAGAGAAGUAUGGUCCCGCCCCUAAAGGGUGGAACCAGAGUGAAUACCUCCAGCGACAACAGCAGCAGAUCCAGCCGCUUCUCAAGGAGCGGGACCUUGAAGCGCCCGACAUGGAGCACUUGGAGGUGCUAGGCUCCGGCAGGCCCGUCACACGUGUUUCAGUGCCUCCCAAGCCCUUGCACCGCGAAGAGGAAGCGCGGGAGAAAGCGACGACAGAGAAGCGAGAUCCAGGGGUGCAGGAUGAUGGUGAUGAUGGUGAUGAUGGUGAUGGUGAUGACGAUGACACCGCCGUGAUGCCGGUCCCUGCCUUGAUGUUCUGCGGCCAGAGAGCCCACUGGACCGGCAGCUCCUCCUCCCAUCAGGGCCAGCGGGGGAUCAGCUCCAGGAUGGGCUUUGAGGUUGUGAUCGGGGCGACGGCCCGCUCGCACCUGCUGCUGCGUAACCAGGGCAACAGCGCCCUCUGCUACACCUGGCAGCGGCUGGAGCUGCCUCGCUGCUUCACCGGCACGCCCCGCACAGCGCGGCAGACCGCCAGCCCGCACUUCUACUUCAACUCCUCCAUGGGUGUGAUUCUCCCGUGCGAGACGCAGCAGGUGGACUUUAUAUUUAAAUCGGACACGCCUGGAAUCAAGUGUGAGCUUUGGCAGGUCAACACCCACCCCGUGCUGCUGGGAGGAGCCGCCAUGCAGCUCACACUGAGGGGAGUGGCCCUGGACCGGGACACCAACGCAGACCACAGGCUGGGCCUAGAGAGGGAGUUGGAGAGGAAAGCGAUGGUUAAAGUGUGCCAGUCGUUGGUCUCCGAGGUGCUGCGGGGGGUCACGACCCCUGAGAGAGCCAGCUCACCUGCAGAGCUCUACAUCACCGAAGACCAGGAGUUCCUCUGGAAGAAUCCCAAGUUUCACUACGCUCCGGGGCCAGUCGAGGCCUUGCGGGGCCUUUGGCAGAGUGCAGCCCCAGGAAGAGACUGGGACCUCUCUGUGGGAACACUCAGACAGGCGGUGCUGUCGCUGCCCGAGGAUGACCCGGGCCCAGGGGACACUGCCCACACUCUGACCCGAGACCAGGGCCUGGCCCGGCUCAACGCCACGCUUCUGGAGCUUCCACCGCACCCCCUUACCUCAGCCCCCGUCACACCUGCGGCUGUAGGGCGGCAGCUGUGGCGGGAGCUUCUGGACGGCCUGGCCGGCGAGGCCGCCACGCUCCAACACAUGCUGGGGCUCCCUGAGACAGACACGUGGUCCCAGCCCGACCUAGACCCUGACCUUGGGUUGGAGGAGGAGGUGAAGACGGUUGGAAAGGGGGAGAGGAAGGGAGGUACCAAGGAGGUGAACAGAGCAGGAGGUGCAAAGGAGAAGGAAGAUGGAAGAGGAGCCUCUAAGGCACCAGCCAAGGAGCGUGCGACAUUGAAGGAGCGAGGAGGAGAAGAAGUGACCAAGGCUCCUGGAGGAAGGCGUGCUACGGAGUCCUCAUUGGCUGUUGUUGGUCAAGAAGCAACAAGCCCCACCCUCUGUGAUGACACACAACACAAUGUCCAACCAGAGGAUGUGCUCAAAUACAGGACACAUCUAAACCAAAAGGUGUACGUUCUGAUGGACCACCUCGUGGACUCCCUGGCCAGUCUCCUAGAUGCUCUCGGAGAUGAAGAGCGAUAAGCAAGACAAGACAUUCAUGAAUGAAUAACACAAUCAUUUACAUUGAUGCUACGUUAAAGCUAUUGUAUGU